AGCUGCCCUUCCCGCCUCUUCGGGCUUCACUUAGCGCCCAACCCUCGAACUGCAUUUAUGUGAAAUUAUAUUUGCUUGUGAAAUUGAACUGUUUUUAAUUAUUAACAAACAAGAUGGGCUACGCGUCGUUGUCUUCAGGAGUCAUUGCUCGCAUCAUGCAUGGCGAGGACGUCUCCAAGCCAGUGCUCCAGAUUUUGGCGAUCAAGAAAAUCAACAGCAACGCCGACUCUGAGCGCUAUCGCAUCUUGAUCUCUGACGGAAAGUACUUUAACAGCUACGCCAUGCUGGCCAGUCAGCUGAACGAGAUGCAGCACAAGGGCCAGCUGGACGAGUUCACCAUUGUGCAGUUGGACAAGUAUGUGACCUCCAUGGUGGGCAAGGACGGCGCUGGCAAGCGCGUGCUGAUCAUCUCGGAAUUGACGGUUCUCAAUGCUGGCGCCGAAGUGAAGGUUAAAAUCGGUGAGCCAGUCACCUACGAGAAUGCCUCCAAACAGGAUAUGGCGCCAAAGGCAGCACCUCCUCAGGCUGCUACUGCUGUCAAAAAGGAGCCCGCCUUUAAGAACAACAAUAAUAACAACAAUAACAUUUCGAUGAACGCAUCGAUCAACAGCGGAAUGACGCACCCCAUUUCUAGCCUGAGUCCCUAUCAGAACAAGUGGGUUAUCAAGGCGCGCGUGACCUCCAAGACUGCAGUGCGCACCUGGAGCAACCCCCGCGGCGAGGGUAAGCUCUUUAGUAUGGAUCUCAUGGACGAAUCGGGCGAGAUCAGGGCCACAGCCUUCAAGGAGCAGUGUGACAAGUUCUUUGAUCUGAUCCAAGUGGAUAGCGUCUACUUCUUCUCCAAGUGCCAGCUGAAACCUGCGAACAAGCAGUUCUCGCAGCUUAACAACCCAUACGAGAUGACCUUUACCGGUGAGACGGUCGUGCAGCUGUGCGAGGAUCCUGACGACGGCGCCAUUCCGGACAUCAAGUACAACUUAGUGCCCAUUUCCGAGGUGGCGGGAAUGGAGAACAAGGCAGCAGUGGACACGAUUGGCAUUUGCAAGGAGGUGGGCGAGCUGCAGUCUUUUGUGUCGCGCACCACCAACAAAGAGUUCAAGAAGCGAGAACUCACCCUAGUGGACAUGAGCAGCUCAGCUAUUAAUCUGACCCUCUGGGGUGAUGAUGCCGUCAACUUUGACGGCCAUGUACAGCCCGUUAUCUUGGUCAAAGGCACACGCAUCAAUGAGUUUAACGGCGGCAAGAGUUUGAGUCUUGGCGGUGGCUCCAUCAUGAAGAUCAAUCCGGACAUACCCGAGGCCCACAAGCUGCGCGGUUGGUUCGAUAAUGGCGGCGGUGAUAAUAUCGCCAACAUGGUCUCAGCGCGCACGGGCGGAGGUUCCUACUCCACCGACUGGAUGACACUGAAGGAUAUACAGAUCCGCAAUCUAGGCUGUGGCGACAAGCCCGACUAUUUCCAGUGCAAGGCGGUGGUGAACGUUGUCAAGCAGGAGAACUCCUAUUACCGCGCCUGCCCUCAGACCGACUGCAACAAGAAGGUUGUGGAUGAGGGCAACGAACAGUACCGCUGUGAGCGCUGCAACGCGCUCUAUCCGAACUUCAAAUACCGCCUUCUGGUCAACAUGAGCAUUGGCGACUGGACUUCCAAUCGUUGGGUAACGUGCUUCAGCGAGAUCGGCGAGCAGCUGCUGGGACACACUUCGCAGGAAGUCGGCGAGGCCCUGGAGAACGACGCCGCCAAGGCCGAAAAGAUCUUCUCUUCCCUCAACUUCACUUCUCACAUCUUUAAGCUGCGCUGCAAGAACGAGGUGUAUGGCGACAUGACUCGUAACAAGCUUACUGUGCAGUCCGUUGGCCCCAUCAACCACAAGGAGUACAACAAGUAUCUGCUCAAGGAGCUGCAGGAGCUGACUGGCAUUGGCUCCGCAACCAACUAAUUAUCGUAUUGCUUGUGCAGCGCACAUUCAUCCAAAUAACAUAAAUUAUGAAAAUAAUAAGUUACUCAAUAAACUGUUUAGGAUAAGAACAUUUAA